AUUGGCAGGAAAAUGUGUUUUUCUUGUUAAUUGAUACUGUUAUUAUUGUUAUUGAUAUUAUGAUUAUUAAAUUGUUAUUAAAAUUUAAGAUAAUGAAAUAAUGCAAAAGACCUUUUCCAAGAGUCGAGGAAAAGGGUAAACAGGUGAGAUAGGUAGGACUAAUAACUGACUCCGUGUUGACUAGUUAUUUGGAGAGCCAUCAAUGUGUAAAUACAGUAAGUGGGCAGGGCAUCUAUUCUUGCCAUAUGGGGUAAUUUGGUUAAAAUAUGAAAAAUGUUCAGAAUAGGACAACAUGAAGCGAUGUUGUGCAUCCUUAGUAUGAACUCCAGCAAAGGAAAAAAAAAGAAAAAAAAAAGUAGGUUCAUUAAGGAAGUGUCACAUUGGUAUCUUAUUUGGCAGUAAAUUUCCAGGGAAAUUAAUAGUUUCUGUGUUGUGAGAAUAUUAGUGAUGGUGUUAUUCUAUUGCUGUUCGGGCCCCAGCAUCACAGGACUUCAACUUUCUGCUGAUUAUUUUGUCUAUGACUGCUAUUUGGUGUAUUUUUUUAUGACCAUUAUCCAAAUUUCUCUCAAUUGAAAGAGCUAGUUUUACUGUAAUUAGCAUGACAUCGGAAGAUGACUCAUAUGGAACCACUUAUAGAGGCGAUUGUAGUUACGUCAAACAAUACUGGUGCGGAGUCAGUGCAGGUGUAUGAUGUGGCAACAGGCACCCACUUGAAGAGUUACAGAGGGGACAUUUCAGCACAGUCUACACUAUGCUUUGUAGGUCAAGCAGAAUACCUGAUGGCAGCUGUCAGAGAUAAACCAUUCCUCCAAGCAUGGGCCCUUCCCCGUCAUGAGACCUUGCAGAUAAGAUUAAUCGUUCCUGGAAAGGCAUGUGCAAUGGCUGUCAGCCCCAGUGGACCCAAAUACUGUGUUAUUGGUAUUGCAGAAAAGUUAACAGUAUACAAGCUCGUAACUGGACGCAUGAUUGGGGUGUCCAGUAGGCAUUAUCAACCAGUUACUUGUGUGAAGUUUACACCUUGUGGCAAUUAUUUUGCCUCUGGGGGAGAAGACGGCUUUGUCUACCUGUGGAGUUUGGCCUCUUUCAUAGAGACUUUGCACAAGCAGGAUGCUCCACAAGUACAGCCACACUUCAUCUUGGGACAACAUUCAGAUAAGGUCACUGACUUGGCCAUGACCUCCUCAGGAAUGCAAGGGUUCCUCGUCUCUUCCUCACUGGACCACACUGCCAAGGUGUUCGAUCUCGUCACUGGGCGUCUCAUCUACAACAUCAUCUCCGGCACAGGCAUCACCAGUGUGGCAUGCAACAGCUUAGGUUCUCAAGUGUUCUUGGGGAACAACAAUGGCACAGUCAAUAUUGCUAACUUGCUGCCACACCCACCUCCUGGCGAUGUGCAGGUGAAUGGCUGCUUAUACUUGUGUUUUUUAGUAGACAAAGGAUUUCAAGUGACAGUGCCAUGUAACUUUAAUACUUCAACUAUUUAUAUAUGAUAUAAGACUUAUUUU